AUGUUAAGAAAAGAUAUUGAAAGUGAUGAAGAUGGUGUUGUAUCAUCUGAAAAUAUUAAGCUCCUUGAAAGACAGACAAAAAAUAAAUACGUCGAUAUUUUAUUUCCUGGGAUAGAAUUAAAUAAAAUUAUUGUAUGGAUAAGUUUUUUUCAAAUAAUUAUUUAUAUUUUAAGUUGUUUAUUAAGUGAAAACUUGAGCACACCAAAUGUUCAUAUUUUGAUCUUACUCGGGGCAACUUAUGGUCCUUUAAUUAAGGAAGGGCAAUAUUGGAGACUUGUGCUACCGAUUUUCUUACAUGCCAAUUUAUGGCAUUUGAUUAUAAAUAUUUUGUGUAUCCUAAAUUUAGGUUUAAUAAUUGAAAGUAAAUAUAAGAAGUCAAAAUUCUUAUUAAUAUAUUUUUUAUCUGGAGCAACAGGAAAUAUUCUCACAACUAUUUGUAAUCCUUGUCAGCUAGCUGUAGGAGCAUCAACUAGUGGGUUUGGAUUAAUUGGCUGUUCAAUAUUUGAAAUAUUUUUAGCUUGGAAGAAUUUAACAAGAAAGGCUAAGAAUUAUUAUAUUCUUAAUAUUUUUUUAUUUCUAUUAUUUUUUAUGUUUGUUAGCUUCUCUCCUUCAGUUGAUCUUUUUGGUCAUAUAGGUGGAUUCCUUUGUGGAGCCUUUUUAUGUUGUCAUUAUAAUAAAUUCAUAGGAUACAAUAUUUUUCAAAAGUUUCUAUAUUAUAGCUUUUUUUUUAUUUGCUCAUUAAUUAUUAUUUACUUGCCUGUAAGAUUAUACAUUAUUAAUAUGCCAUGUGGAAUGAUCUAUUAA